AUGAAUAAGGAUGGCGCGUCAUUUGGAGACGUGUGCAUUUAUCGUGAAGGUGCUGACAAUAAUGAGAACAUCAUCUGUGCACUGCAAGCGAAAAAGUGGAAGAAACCAGUCCCAAUUGACCUGCUUACUAAAGAGCACACAAUGAACACAGAAACUAUUCGAAACAUACAACAAGGAUCAACAUUGGAUAAUCAAAGAAUUAAAAAUGCACGCACCAUUACUGUGCUUAUCACCACAGCAAAUGUUACAGAGCAAGCAUAUUGGCAAUUCAGUAAUCCUAAUUUUUUUCCUGAAGAUUGUCUUUUGAUAUACCAGGGAAAUUUCAGCAAAUUUUUUGAGACUUUAAAAAAGAGGCUUCAUUUCAAUGAUGCAGACGUCGAGAAGAUCUUGGAUAAUAUGCCCUACCAUUCUUCUGAAGAUCUUUUGCAAAAACUUCCUGCAUUUAAUAGAUACAAAGGACUUGUCGAGGAAAUGCAAUUUUUGCCCUAUCAACCAGAAAAAAGAUGCCGUAUAG